UUAGUGAUUUAUAUGAGACAAAUUAAAAUUAAAUGAACCAAAUAUGGUAAUAAGUUAAAUUUAACCUAUUUUCCUCAGUUUUCAGUCAUCUUUGCCUGUCAUUCCAAUUCAAAGGUCCUUUCCUAGUUCAAAUAAAACCACUUCCCCAUCUGCAUCCCCUCUUCUGUUCUUCUAUACUCUCCCCCUCUCUUCUCUCUCUAAUUGAAAGCCAUUUUAAUUUUCUUCUUUUCAAUCAACAGUUUUUCUCCUCCUCUCUUUCUCAUUGAAAACAAAGCUCUUCCUAUUGUUCUUAUCUAGCAUCUUCCUUUUUUUGUCCCCUUUGACAACUCCUAAAAUCUUUCUGUAUAUAGCAGGAAACAGAGCAUCAUUUAUGGCAGCCAACAAAUUUGCUACCAUGUUGCAGAAAAAUACAAACAGGAUCACUCUUAUUCUUGUCUACGCAUUACUGGAAUGGGUUCUGAUCAUUCUCCUCCUUCUCAAUUCUCUGUUUUCUUAUCUGAUCAUCAAAUUUGCUGAUUACUUUGGUCUUAAAAGGCCCUGCCUUUGGUGUGCUAGGCUCGAUCAUAUAUUUGAGCCAUCAAAGUACAAGAAUUCUUAUAGAGAUCUUGUAUGUGAUUAUCAUGCCAAUGAGAUUUCUAAGUUGGGUUAUUGUUCAAAUCAUCGAAAAUUAGCAGAAUCUCAAGCUAUGUGUGAGGAUUGCUUGUCUUCAACGCGGUCUGAUUGUUGUGACUUGUCAGAAAAGUUAGCUUUUUUUCCAUGGAUGAAGCAGGUUGGUUUGAUCCAGGACGGUGGUGAUAAAGUGAUGGAAAAUGGUGAAGAGAAUUUCAAGUGUUCAUGUUGUGGUGUCAUGUUGGAGAAAAAAUGGAACUUUCCUUAUCUCCUGGUUAAGCCUUCUUGGGAGGUUUUGGAUCAUCCCCAGAAAGGAAAUUUAAUUACUGAAGCUGGAGGAGUUGAUGAUAUUGAAGAUGAAGGUAAUGCUUCAGAUGGAAUCAGAUCAGAUAAUAUGGAUAAUUAUCAGGAAGAUGAACAAAGUGUUGAAGAAAACAAGAGACUUGAGAUCAUUUAUGAUGGUAAUAAUGAAGGUUUUAAAGAAAAAGAAAUGGGAAACGAGGAAGACUUUUCAUGUUUUAUUUCUAGUUUCGAUUGCAACCAAAUGGCUGGUAAUGAAGAUGAUAAAGAUGAUGUGGUUAUAGAGAAAGGUCAAUUAUCAAUGGAAAAAGAAGGAAACUUAAAUGUGUCAAUGGAUGGCCAGGUGUUGACUCAAGUCGUUUUUAGAAAAGAAGAGUCUCCUGGAAUUCUAUCUAAGCAUCUGGAGUUCUACAUCGAGGGGGAUGACUGUCAUUUGAUUCCAGUUGAAUUGAUGCAUUCUACUGCUGUAGAAGGCAAAAGAAUAUACAAGUUUAGAGAGGAAGAUCAAGGUAUUUCUGGUAAAGGAGAUGUUAUUUUGGAUUUUGAUUUGCAUCCUGGGACACCGGCAGAAUUGUUUGUGGAGAAUAGGUGCAGUUCAGGAGAGAAGGUGACACUACUUUCGGCCCAUGAGAGUGAGGAUGAAACCAGUGUUGCAGUAGUUGAAUCAGUGGCGUCCAAUGAGAAGAAGGAGAGCAUUUCAACACAUGCAGGAGGGGAAGAUUUGAUGGAGGAAGAUGAGAAAGUUGCUACUACUCAAGCCACUCUGACCCCUUUGAAAGAGGCUGAUGAUGUUCAAGAAAAUGCGGCUACAGGAGAGGGGGAAAUGGAUUUAGAUGUUAAUCAAGCUUCUGAUGAGCAAAAUGAUGAAAUUGAAGCAGAAAUCUCAAUAGGGACAGAUAUUCCUGAUCAUGAACCAAUUGAGGAUAUCCAAAUGCAACAUUUGUAUGAAUGCACGCAAGUAGAUCCCCCCACCAGUUCUAUUCAAUUGUAUGCAGAUGCAGAUCAUGGCUCCAAGAAUGCUGAGGAAGAAACGAUACAGUUUAAAACUAUAACAGUUGAGACAUGUGACCAAGGAAUAAAAAACCAUUUAUCACUAUCUUCAGAGUUCAUUGAGAAUGAGGAAGAUAAGGUUCCUGAUACACCCACUUCUAUAGACAGUCUCCACCUGUUGCACAAGAAGUUGCUAUUGCUUGACAGGAAAGAAUCAGGAACAGAAGAUUCAUUGGAUGGAAGUGUUCUCAGUGACAUUGAGGGUGCUGAUGGGGUACUAACUGUCGAGAAGUUGAAAUCAGCAUUAAAAGCUGAACGGAAGGCUUUAAAUUCUUUGUAUAUAGAACUUGAGGAGGAGAGGAGUGCUUCUGCUGUAGCAGCAAACCAGACAAUGGCAAUGAUAAAUAGGCUUCAAGAGGAAAAGGCAGCAAUGCAGAUGGAAGCCUUGCAGUAUCAGAGGAUGAUGGAAGAACAAUCUGAGUAUGACCAGGAAGCUUUGCAGCUUCUAAAUGAACUUAUGAACAAAAGGGAAAAAGAGAAGGCGGAGCUUGAAAAAGAGCUGGAGAUAUAUCGCAGGAAGCUGCUGGAUUAUGAGUCCAAAGAGAAACUGAUAAUGCUGAGAAGAAGGAAAGAUGAUGGCACUAGGAGCGCAACUUCUGCAUCUUGCAGCAAUGCUGACGAUAGUGAUGGAGUAUCAGUUGAUUUGAAUCAUGAACCAACGGAAGAAGAUAGCUUCGACAACCAUCAAGAGGACAGCAACCAGAAUACCCCUGCUGAUGCAGUUUUGUAUUUGGAGGAGUCAUUGGCUAACUUCGAGGAAGAGAGGCUAUCAAUUCUGGAGCAGCUCAAAGUUUUGGAGGAGAAAUUGGUUUCAUUGAAUGAUGAAGAGGAACAACAUUUUGAGGAUGUGAAAUCAAUUGAGUAUUUGUAUGAAGAGAAUGGUAGUGGCUUCUAUGAGAGUUCUGAUUUCAGCUAUGAAAGAAAUGGGCUUGCCAAUGGUCACUUCAAGGGAGUGAACGGGAAACGUCUGCAAGAGAAAAAAUUCAUGGCUGCAAAGGCAAAGAGACUUCUCCCACUUUUUGAUACCACUGAUGUAGAAAUUGAAGAUGGGAUAUUGAACGGACAAGAAAAUGGCAUUGAUUCUGUUGCCUUGCAACAUACCUCACCAGCCUACUCUGAACUAGAGAGCAUUAAGCUUGCAAUUGAAGAAGAAGUGGAUCAUGUUUAUGAGAGACUACAAGCACUUGAGGCAGAUAGGGAAUUUCUAAAGCAUUGUAUCAGCUCCUUAAGGAAAGGAGAUAAAGGAAUCUAUCUCCUUCAAGAGAUUUUACAACAUCUUCGUGAUUUGAAGAGUGUGGAACUACGAGCAAGGAGUAUUGGAGAUGCUGCUAUAUAGUUGCACUCGGCAGAAUACACUUAGAAGGCUAAUGAAUGCUCAAUUGGAGUUGCUUAACCGUUGCAAAUAAAAGAAACACCAACUUGGGCAAUGGCCAACGUACAGGCGGCAAUACAAUUCCACAUUUCCAACAAUUUUCAAUCGGGAAGUCCCUUAAUGGAGAGGGAAGCUCCUGCUGUGGUCUGUUUGGUGAUCUUGGUGGGACUGAAAACUGAAAGUCUGUCAUUUUCCUUUUGCAUUUCCGGGUUUCAGUGUCCAAGUAAUUCCAAAAUUUUUGUGGGUUCAGCGUUACAUCACCUUUUUGAGGAAAAGGAGGAUGGUGAGUAUAUGUGUUUGCAAGCUAGUGAGGUGAAAGCCAAGCUGUCAUUUUGUAUGUCGUGAGAAAGGACCUGGCCUGCAGAGCUGAAGCGAUCCAACAAAGAUUCCUGUGCCAGAUGCAUAGCAUUAGUUUAUUCAGACAGAACUCGGAGGAGGCUCUUUUUAUCAUUUUCUUUUAUACUCUUUCCAGGGAAGGGAAAAAAGGGGUAACUAACCCCAUUUUCCUUCUCAUCUUUGGCAUCAUUUUUCAUCAUCUGGUGGGUCUGUCUAUUAUUUUUAGGGGCAAAGUUGAGUUACUUGGCAUACUUCAUGCAUCCAUGAUCCAUCUGUAAGUGUAUAAUGUAAGUGUUUGUUUAUACUGUUUUGGAGCUCUUUUUUUUUUUGUAUCUACAUGUUCUUUUUUCUGAAGUCCAUGACUGAGGUUGUCAGGUAGAUGAACCAAAACAAAAGAAUAAAACAACAGUGAAGUAUUUUGUUCAGAAUAAGAAGCAAAGAUUGCUUUUGAUUUUGCUUUAAGCAUAAAACAACACCUAACAUGCCAACAACAAUAGUUUUUCAAUAAAAUACUCGACGCAAUCAAUCAGAAAAACAGAAC